GAAAAGAAAUCUAAAACAGACGAAACAACGGGACGAGAGAAGAAAGACCUCGCCGCAGGAAAUGGAAAUCAAAGGAAAUUAAAAAACAAAAGGACUAGUGUUCUUCUCUCUCUCUCGAAUCGUCCAUUUCUCUGUCGCGUUUCAAUGGCAUCUGCUCACUCCCUCGCGGCCGUUUCCGUUCUCUUUACGGCCUCCAAGCAAGGAACAACACUUCCUUCCUCUUCUUCUUCUUCGUUCCACUCCCUUUCUUCUCUUCGAUUUAAACCCCGUGAGCUCUCUGUCUUCCCUAACCAUCGCAGGGUCGCGCUCAGAGGGGCAGCAAAGGCGCAGUCGAAAGAAGCAGAAGCAAGUCCAGUGGGGGAUACGUUUGGAUUUAGUAAUCUGAAGCAUCUCCUCCUGCCUGUGAUUGAUCGGAAUCCUUAUCUGUCCGAAGGCACCAGACAGGCUGCUGCUACAACAACUAGUUUGGCAAACAAGUACGGAGCUGAUAUCACAGUUGUAGUCAUAGACGAGGAAAAGAGAGAAUCGUCAUCGGAGCAUGAGACUCAAGUAUCCAACAUCCGGUGGCAUCUAUCCGAAGGUGGGUUCUCGGAGUUCAAGCUGCUGGAGAGGCUUGGGGAAGGGAAGAAGGCGACGGCAGUAAUAGGAGAGGUGGCAGAUGAGCUGAAGAUGGAGCUGGUAGUGAUGAGCAUGGAAGCCAUCCACUCCAAGUUCAUCGACGCCAAUCUGCUUGCAGAGUUCAUCCCCUGCCCCGUCCUCCUCUUGCCCUUGUGAUUCAUUUUAUUUGCUUCUCUCUCUCUCUCUCUCUCUCUCUCUGUCUGUCUCCUGUGUGUUACUUUCAUUUCUCCGUGGAACAUUGUAGAGAGAGUGAGUCGAAAUGUGUCGAGGUGUGAGAUGCAUGUGUCAAACAGUUUCUGCAUUUAUCAUCAAUCAUGUUGUGUGUAAUUGAAUGUAAUUGAUCACUCAAAAUUUAGCAAAAUAAAAACACAGAUAACUUACUUACGAGUUUAUCCCCCCCCACCUACUUAAUAAAAAAUGCGGAAAAAAAGCUAAAGGGUUUGGGUUUAGUGUGGGUUGGUCCACUCAAGAGGGUGGUGACACUGAAUAUGACACGGAAUGGUGGCGGGAGGGUAGUUUGGUAAAAAGGGAGGGUUUGUAAAAUUGUGAGGGCAAACACACACACAACUCUUCCCCCACAGUCGUCGAUUCCCUCCUUCUUCUCUGAUUCCGGCGUGUUCCUCUCUUUGGCUUCUUUUUACUCCCAUUGAUUCAUCUAUGUCGCGAUCACGUCGCGAUUCCGGUUCCCAGGAAGAUCCCUUGUCCCCUCCUCCGGACAAGGACAAUGCUGACCGGAAGCCUGCGUGGAACAAGCCCUCUAGCAGCUCCGCCGAGGGCGGCCCGGUGAUGGGCGCCGAAUCCUGGCCUGCGUUGUCUGUAUCUGCAAGGGCUUCUUCCAACAAGUCUCCCUCUUCCAGUGAUUUGUCUGCUGGAUCACCUGUGCCGUUGCCGCAGCAGCAGCAGCAGCCUCCAUCUGAAAACCAUCAUAAUGUCAAUGGGCAAAGGAAGCCUUUUAGACGGAAUAACUCCACACCGUCUUCCGGUCAAAAUGAGAGCCAAAGGGGUGCGGGAACAAGUAGCCAGUCCCGUAAUUCUCAGAGGUAUCGCAACGGCAGCUCUUACCCUCGCGGGGAUGGGGUUAACCACCACGGAAACAGGCGCAACUUGGAGCACCAAACUCACCGGAGAGACAUGCACUUGCAGCAACCUCAGAGGGGUUUCGGGAUGAUGAGACCGCAGUUGCUGAUGGGGCCACCACCUUCUUUUGCUGCCGGUAGUGCGCAGUUCAUGGCAGCGCCUCAAUAUGGUGGUGGCCCCAUGCUCUACCCAGAUUACCCGCCGCACGUCUUUGUCCCUCAUCCUCCCCCAGAGUCGAUGCCUUUGUCUGGACACUUGCCCCAUCUUCCCAUCUUUGUUCCCAGCUUUGACGCCGCCCUCUUGUACAAUAAGAUAUUCACACAAGUUGAAUACUAUUUCAGCGCUGAUAACUUAAGCAAAGAUAAACACUUGCGGUGUCAAAUGAAUGAUGAAGGUUGGGUUCCUGUUAGAGUUAUAGCUGGCUUCAGGAGACUUGCCGAACUGACCAACAACAUCCAGACCAUACUGGAGGCCCUGCGAAGUUCACAAGUUGUGGAAAUUAAGGGUGAAGCAGUAAGGAGGCGAGGAGAUUGGGACAAGUAUUUACUGCCUCGUGAGGCGUCAAGGUCCGGUCCAGCAGCGGUGGGUAACAACAAUGCCUCACUCGGGUCUCAGCUUGAGAGCAUGACUCUAUCAGAGAGGAGCAAAGAGGGAGAGUCGUAGAGAGAUGCAAGUAAGAGAGACGAAGAAACAUGUGCUUAAUUCCCUUUGCAAGCGUCUCAUUCGCUCUCUGUUUUUUCUUUUUGGGAUAGGAACUGAUUGGUACUCAGUCUCAUGAGGAAAACAAUUAUAUGCUGGUCAACUUUUUGAACAUUUUUGGAUAGAAGACUUACUGUUGAAACUUGAGACCUCAAGAUUUUAUCGUCGCUGGGUUUAAAUUUUUUAAUAAUUUUGGUGUUGGUUGAUGGAUUGAUCGAUGAGUCAUUUUGUACUAAAUCAAAGUUCUUACAUAUUCGAUACCUGCUAACUGC